AUGGCAAUCGUGAAAGAAAUGAGACCUACUAUUAAGUGGCCAACAAAGCUCAAUCCUGAAGCGAAGAGGGACACGACCAUGUUGUGCGAAUUCCAUGUUGAUCAUGGUCAUAACACCGCGUAUUGCAUCGCCCUACAGUUGGAAGUCGCAACACUAUUGAAAAGGGGACAUCUCCAAGACCUAUUGACGGAUAAAGGGAAGAAUACAGUUAGCCAAAGAAGCUCGAAGGAAACAUCUCCCCCUCCACAAGAACCUACACCAAAGGGGUUCUGCUCCAUUAUCUCCAGAGGGUCGGAGAUCAGUGGGGUAAGCUAUUCCUCGGCCAAGCGCUACGCUCGAGCGAACCAUCACCUUGAAGUCCAAUCCAUCCAUCUGUCCCCUUGGUUGCACACUAACCAGGUAAUUCAGUUUGAAGAUGACGAGCUAGUCACCCUUGCUGCCUCUCAUCACGAUGCUCUAGUCAUCUCCCUUUAUAUCACCAACAUCCUGGUCAAGAGAGUAUUUGUAGAUGGGGGAUCCUUGACAAACAUUCCCUUCCUUGAAACAGUGAAGGCCAUGGGACUAGAUGAAACAAACAUCAGCAGACGACCAACCAUAUUGGUCGAGUUUAGUUUCGAGUAG